UAUUAUAUAAUCGAACACUGGUGAUUGGACUUUAUAUUUUACGUAUCCUAUAACUUUGACUAUACUGAUUGGACGUUACAUAUUAUUCUUUGAACUAUUGUGAAUUGACUUAUCAUUUUAUUUCAGAAUCAGUAUAGAAUGCUUUCGUAAAGUAAAUACCUUUAUUUAAUGUAUAUUCCAUGUAAAUUGAAUCACGAUAAUUCUGUGUCCAUCAAAGACUUUAUUGCUUUAAAGGAAGGUCAGAGAGAGAGCCAAUAGCUACCAUGUUUACAUAUUUAUGGGGUGUAUUGUUUUGAGGUGAGGAUCCUUUAAUGACCGUAAUUAAAUCCUUGCUGGUCAGUAUGUCUCCAAUUUGGACAUUAUGUUCCCGAUUAGUACACAAAUAUCCUGAGGGGGUAAAGUUUGAUGUAAACCAAACAAUUACAUACAUCAAUCUGCUAAUUGAAGUCAAUUAGUCGUUUGAUCGGUUCAUGUAGAUGACAGUAAUUGGUCACGAUACAGUGACCCACCCCCUAGUAAAUAUCUGUCGCGACCUUGGUUGACCCUGAGUACACUGAUUAGGGGCGGGUUCUUGACUGACCAGCUUGACGCCAUCUUGGAGCAUCAUAGUAACAAGGUGGUGGCGCCCUCUUAAUGGGCUUUUCAACACCCAAUGAACACUUGUAUUACUUUGAUAGUUGUUUUCCCCAAAUAGUAUAAAACUACCAACUUCUCGCAAGUUAGGUUAAUUCCGACGCUCUUUCGAACUCUUAACAUCUCUCUCUGACUUCCCCGAAUUGGGACUGUGUAUUUAGUUUGCUUUUUGCCGAAUAAAACCACUAUACGAUCACUUAAGACUUUUACUUAACGUGUACACUACUUACGUAAGAUACGCGUGGUAGUGUUAUACGGGCUGAUUGGUGCCGUGACCAGGAUUUGUACCUUCUUUAAAAGACUUUGGAUUUUUGGAUCUAUCAAACCAGUCACGGUAAGACAAUUUUAUUAUUCUUUACUGUCCUGUUUUGUAAGUCCGAGUCUCAUCUACUCUUGAUUUAUUCUUAUUUAUUCUAUUAUUCUUUUGGGUAUCUAUUGUCUGGUAAACAUGACUGAAGGUUUAGAACAAGCCACAAAUAUUGUUGCUGGUACGAUACAGCAAGGGUUUACUGAACUUAGUACGACAGUGAAUGAGAAACUCAAACAAAUUAAAAUUGCCAUUAAAAAGCAAGAAAUCAUAAUUGAUACACCUCCUUUUUCGGGGAAGCCGUCGGAAUUCCGGGCUUGGAUAAAUGCAAUAAACAAAGCUUUGGUCUUAAAUCCCCAUUUGACAGAUGAUGAAAAAGUCCGUCUUGCUCUAAGACAUAGUAGGGGGGAUGUAAGUGACUAUAUCGGCCUGUACAUUGAACAGUGCGUGCAUGACCAAACUGUAGAAAGGGGAUGGGGACACCUGAAAAACCAACUAAUAUUAAGAUUUGGGGAAUGUAGUGACAAACAUCACGCAUAUGCAUCCCUGUUCAAAAUUAAACAAAAACCUGACGAAAAUGUCCAGGUGUACAGCACUCGACUCUCUCGACUGGCACUCGAUGCAUUUGACAGCCUUGACCCUCCUGAGGUACAGCGCCAGUUGGUACAAUUAUUCAUUGACGGUAUGUCCGACGAUCACAUGAAAAUCAAAAUCAUGCAUCAAAAGCCGACUACGCUGACGGCUGCCGCGGAUAGCGCGCUUUCAAUACAGAACUUUCAUACCGAGGUUAAAAUGCGGUUAGGGAAAGAGUUUGUCCCGACGCGAGAUCCGGAAGAGGUGGUAUUUCCCAGGCUCAGACCUGUCGCGCCUGAUCCGCCUAACCCUAUCCAAACUUUAAAUCCUCAAACCCCCCUCCCUGCCACUCGCACUAUUGUGCCUAUGGAAAUAGGUCACAUGCGGUAUAGAAGAAGGCCCAGAACUGAACAAUUUGAGAAUGCAUGCUUUAAUUGUAAAAGAGAAGGUCACAUAGCUCGAAAUUGCCCCGAAAGAACAAGACAGCCCCAAGCUCGAAAACGUCCCACCCCGAAAAACCGUUUAAACUAAAAACCCUCCGUCGCAAUGAGGCCGGCGGCGGAGGAGGAAAGGUAAGAGUAGGAGAACUAAGUAAUCAAUCACCCGCCAAGAGGUUAAAAUCAGCUUUCAUUAAUUUUGCUGGUAGUCCAAAUUCUUGUUUAAUUAAAGUUCAGAACCAGAAACUUAGGGCUUUAGUGGAUACUGGAGCAGAGGUGAGUCUUAUCAAACGGAAAAUUUACGAUUCACUAAAAUACAAACCGGAACUACAAAGAAAAAGGUUAAAUUUAAUGGGUGUGGAUGGUUCCCCACUAGACAUAGAUGGGGUGGCUAGAAUUUCUUUUAUUAUUGGCGGAAAUAGUGUUGUACAAGAUUUUUAUGUAACGCGCUCAAUGUCCAGAAAUGUUAUCCUUGGACGUGAUUGGUUGCUUAGUAAUGGUGUUAGGUUGUAUUUUGACCUAAAAUCUUUAAGAAUUAAAAAUGCGUAUGUGCCCCUGGAGGAGGAUGUGCAUAUCUCAUCUGUAGAAAAAGGUACGAAUUGCAAACUGGCCUCACUGAAAAUUAAUGAUUCUAUCGUACCAUUGGAUGAUGAUUUGUGCAUAUCUUCCCUGCUACGAACCACAGGAAAAAUUAAAAUAAAACCCCAGACGGCAGUACAAGUACCGGUAAAGGUUGGUAGUAAUUGUCGCUCCCGCGAAAUUGAAAUUUAUGGUCUUGAUCGCGGAUUUUUGUCCCUAAAUCCAGGAUUACUGGUCUGUAAUGCGGUAGCCCCAAGGAACGAAAGAAAUCGUUCAAUGGUAAUAGUCGUUAAUACCACAGGUAAGUGUAUGGUUUUAAGACGAGGUGCCGUUGUGGCCCGGGGCGAGCCGAUUACAAAUCAACGUGUUGAAGACCCGCGCACGUCGGAUCCGUAUCCGAUACCGGAAAUAAACGCUUUACAGACAGGCGCCCUCGAUUUUAAGGCACCUGACGAAUUUCAACUUUUGGUUAAAAAUUUACUUGAAAAAAAUAUUGACUUAUUUGCGAAGUCAGACGCGGACUUAGGACGGACCGAUACCGUCAAGAUGGAAGAACGUUUAGCUGAUAGGCCAAACGAACUUAGUGAUCAGUUGACACUCGACCCCGAC